AUGUCCGCCGCUCUCCCCAGUUCACUUUGCGUUCGCGUGAUUACCUACAAUCUUAACAAACAACUCUUGCACGAAAGCCUUGAAAGUCUACUCAUUCCCUCUUCAAAGGCUCCAAGCCGAACACCCGACAUAGUGGCCAUAGGAUUUCAGGAAAUGGCACCGUAUCCACAAGCGUUUCUAGGCGAAUCCAUUCAUAUACUCGAUCACUACACGCACGUUAUAUCUCGCACACUCAAAUCGGCCACUAAAGAAUCAUUCACCCAAAUCGUCAGAGCAUCUCUAGUCGGCGUAACAUUAUUCAUAUUCACAAGAGAUUCGACAUGCACACCCUUUAUAAAGAUGACCGAAGUAAAUACUGUCGGAUUGGGAUGGUUAUGGAUGGGUGAUAAAGCAGCAGUCGGGGCAAGGGUACUCAUUGCUGAGGAUGGGGAGAUGGAAGCAGUGUCAAUGUGUUUUGUAACCGCUCAUUUAGCAGCGCACCAUAAUAAUACUCAAUUGAGAAACAAGCAAUUCAAGCAGGUAUGUAAUAGGUUGGUGUUCUCGCCAACUAAAUACGAUGAUACAACGAUGGAGACGUUUCAUGUGAGGGAUAGCUCGCACUUGUCCUCUUCAUCUUCGGUAUUUUCAGACGACAAAAGAGAAUAUCCGAGGAAAUUGACUAUAUACGAUAACGAUUACACUUUCUUUUUUGGUGAUCUUAAUUAUCGGAUCUUACUAUCUCAUCCAACGCUUCCAACGAUAUCUGUUCCUGAUAUCUUAACGAUGAUGCGAGAUAAUAACACGGAUCAAUUACGUGAAUACGACCAAUUGGCGAUUGCACAUGGAGAAGAGAGAACGCUAAAUAAUUUCACCGAGUCGCCGCUUCUGUUCCCUCCCACAUACAAAUUGUAUCGAGAAACCAAUGAUUAUAAUUUCAUAUCACGCAUACCUGGAUGGUGCGAUCGUAUAUUCAGUCUCCAGAAUUGUUCUUCAAAGACAGACGACAAGUGUCUGAUGGUUGAAAAUUAUUCUUCGCAUGCAGAGUAUCUAACUUCUGAUCAUAAACCUGUCUCUGCGACAGUCAAGAUUUCUACCUCAUCGAUCAUUUCCCAUGAGAGGACCUACGACUGGGAUGAAACUGAUUCGUACCGGCGAAUUAAACAAAAGAUAGGCACAUUUGCCGAUCGGAUAGUGGGAAUAGUGUGGUGGGCAUUCGGUAGUGGACCUGGUUUUGGCAUCGCAUUGUUAAUAAGUACAAUUACGGGUUAUUGGUUGGCAAAUAAAAGAUGA